AUAAAAGGGUACUUCUCUCCAUUCCAAUUCGAAUGAUGAUAAUAAAAAUUCUAAAAAAAGGAAAACUAAUAAUAAUAAUAUCACCUUCCAUAUUUUCAUACCCUAUUUUUCUCUCUCUAUUCUGAAAAGUUUUUUUCUUUAUAUUUGCUUAGAAAAUUAAAAAAAAUAAAAGAUAAAGAAGAAGAAAAACUGAUAGUGAGUAUGUAUUCUGAGGAAGAUUCCUUUGUCUACUCUUAUUAAUUCUUAAAUAAAUAAAUAAAAAAGAGAGAGAAUGAAAAAUAAUUAGUAGAGAGAUUCUUUGCUUUGCCCAUAGAAAUCUCACUCCUUUUCUCCACUUCUCAAUUCUCCAAUUUCCCUUUUUAUUAUAUUCAUCUCUCUCUCUCUCUCUGCAAUUUCUGAUUUUGUUCCAUUUCAUUGUUCUUUCUCUAUAUCUGAGCUGACCAUUGAGUUAGACACCUGAAAUUCAGAGUCUUCAAUUUCUAUAACCUUUGAGAAAAACCCACUUCGAUCCUCCCUUUAUUAUCUAAGUUCAAAGAAAAUUCCCAUAUUUAUAAUAUUUUAAAAAUUUUAUUUUACAUAUAUAUAUUUAUAAAAAUUAUAUAAAAGAUGGAAAAAUAUGAGCUUGUGAAAGACAUAGGAUCUGGGAAUUUCGGGGUUGCUAGGCUUAUGAGAAACAAAGAGACCAAAGAGCUCGUUGCCAUGAAAUAUAUCGAGCGCGGCCACAAGAUUGAUGAAAAUGUGGCAAGAGAAAUCAUAAACCAUAGAUCCCUUCGCCAUCCAAACAUAAUCCGGUUCAAGGAGGUCGUCUUGACUCCUACUCAUCUCGCUAUUGUCAUGGAGUAUGCUGCAGGUGGAGAGCUCUUCGAGCGAAUCUGCACCGCUGGAAGAUUCAGCGAAGAUGAGGCAAGAUAUUUUUUCCAGCAGCUUAUCUCAGGAGUUAAUUAUUGUCAUUCUAUGCAAAUAUGCCAUCGAGAUCUGAAGUUGGAAAAUACUUUGCUGGAUGGAAGCCCUGCUCCUCGACUGAAAAUUUGUGACUUUGGUUAUUCUAAGUCUUCCCUGCUGCAUUCAAGACCCAAAUCAACUGUAGGAACUCCAGCAUAUAUUGCACCUGAGGUUCUCUCUCGAAGGGAGUAUGAUGGCAAGUUGGCAGAUGUAUGGUCAUGCGGGGUCACUCUUUAUGUUAUGCUGGUAGGAGCAUACCCCUUUGAAGAUCAAGAAGACCCAAAGAAUUUCAGGAAAACCAUUAAUCGAAUAAUGGCUGUUCAGUACAAGAUUCCAGAAUAUGUUCACAUAUCUCAGGAUUGCAGGCAUCUCAUUUCUCGCAUUUUUGUUGCGAAUCCUGCCAAGAGGAUCACCAUUAAAGAAAUCAAGAACCACCCAUGGUUUUUAAAGAACUUGCCUAGGGAACUAACAGAAGCAGCUCAAGUCAUGUACUACAGGAGAGAAAACCCAAGCUUUUCAAUCCAAACGGUAGAAGACAUCAUGAAGAUAGUGGAUGAAGCAAAAUCUCCUCCACCGUCUUCCCGAUCGGUUGGAGGUUUCGGCUGGGUUGGAGAAGAAGAUGGCGAUGCAAAGGAAGAAGCAGAGGCUGAGGAAGAGGAAGAGGAGGAAGAAGAGGAUGAGUAUGAGAAGAGAGUGAAAGAGGCUCAUGCAAGUGGUGAAGUGAAUAUCAGUUGAGUACCAAAUCUGUUCAUUAAUAGGAAAUGAGGAAUUUCGGUUUUGCAAGUCUAUUUGUAUAAAAGUCUUAUCUUCUGAUUAGAACAUGGGAUUGAAUAAAUGUUUGUAUAUUUAUAGUGUUCUUGUGAAGAAAUUGUGUCAACUGUAUGUAGAGAAAUGAUUAGUUUUCUUGCUACUCUUACCUUUGCAAGUUUUAGGAUUUGAUCAGAAGGGUUGCUUUUGUGAGUUUGAGUCCUAUUGCUACAUUGGCCAUUAUGAAGGAAUUCAUUUGUGUUGUUAGGUUUUGUUGAUUUAAGACCAUUAGUGUCUUUCUUGCAAGGAUAUUUUCCCAAUUUUUGUGCUAUAUAUACCCAUAGGAGACCCUAUUUAUUCA